AUGUCUACGGCUACCACCCCCGCCAAAGGGUCGGAUCCGAAGCCGAAGGAGGCUGCAUCCCGCUCAUGUCCCGCGUCAUGCGGGUCUGCCAUCUCAGGCAGGGACCCUCACCCAAUGUGCAUAACCUGCAUGGGCGCUAAACACGCUCAGGCAGCGCUCGCUGACCGCGAGUCCUGCGGGUAUUGCUCAUCUAUGCCUGAGAAAAUAUUGGAGAGGAGGCUCAGAGUUGCGGUGGCUCAUCCCCAGGACCCGUUGCUGGCGGGGACCACCGAUAAACCCACAGCCGUCACUCAACAGCCCCGUAAGACUGAACUAUGGUCAGAUAUGCUGAAUGACGAUGACGCUGAUAUGCCGCCAUUAUUCGAGGACCUGCUCGAAGUGGACCCAGGCGACGAGGGCGCAGACGGCGAUGAUGCCGCUUCUGACUUCCUCGAGGCUGUGGAUAUGGAUGAUGUGGAGGAGGACUCUACAUUCCCAGCGGCCCAGUCCCGACCCUCCAGCGCAUCUGAGGCUGCGACUCCCGUCGAUAGCAGCCUAUAUGAUGUGUGCAAGCGCGCUGCCGCCAAGCUUAACAUAACCUGGCCAGCCGCUGUAGAUGCGGAGGAUGGGGAAAGGGAUUUAUAUGACGGUAAACGGCUCCCGCCAGCGCAUCCACCUCCGAAGCAACUUCUCCCUGCUGUCAGCGCAUGCAUGAGAGAGGUGGGUAGGUUUUGGAAUAACCCACUUAGGAGCAAGCUUCCUGUACAGGGCUAUUCAAAGCUGGAGAUCCAUGUGAUGAAGGAGCUGGGGUUGGCCGAACCCCCAGCGGUGGAGCCUUCAGUGGCUUUUCACCUCCAUCCUAAUCGCCGUUCCGUCUCAGCCUCAAGUCAGGUUUCCCUGCCCGCAAAAUCAGAGAGAGUUACAUCCUCCAUUCUGCAACGCAUGUACAGAUAUGCUUCUCAAUCUGCAUGCGUACUGAAUACUGUGACUUUACUGUCCGGUUAUCAAGGGGAACUACUUGAGGAAAUGGGACAACAGCUGGACUCCGGGUCUCCUAACCCGGUCCUCUGGGAGGAAAUCUGCGUGGUAAAUGACCUCAUCCUACGCUCUACUCGUGGAGCUGUCCAGGGCUGCGGCCAUGUCAUGGGGCUGGCCGUAGCGGGUGAGAGGGGUCUAUGGCUCAACCACUCAGGUCUGACAGACGCUCAGAAGGCUGAAGUUAUGGACACUGCUUAUGACCCUACCAAAGGAAAUAACCUCCUCGUCCAGCGCAGCCUCAGAGAGCGGGCCCCUCUGGACAGACAGGCCCCAGGGUUCCCAGGGCGGGCCCUGGGCCGCAGAGGGGGGCAACCCAGCACCCUGGCCAGCAUUCCAACCAGCAUUCUGGCCAGCAGCAACGGCCAGGCAACUCCAGACCAUGGGGAAAACACUCCUAUGCUGCGGCUGCAGCAAAAAACCGCUCUUCUCAGCCCGGGGAGAGCAAAAAGAAGCGCAAUUCCUAGCAAUCAAGCUUCUUCACCUGUUCCCCCUCUGAAAAGGAGGAGAAUGGACCCUGGUACCAGUUCAGAGGCCCCGCACAGUUCUCCAGGCGACCUCUUUGGCUUUCUCUCCCCUCGCACGUUACAGGGAAUGAGUCUUGGGUCUCAUAGGGAGCUCACGCUCCUUCUCAGGCAGAAGGCUCUGCUCCUCUCAGGGGAGUGA